GGAGCAGAAGCUCCUCUGAGUGUGUUCUGCUGAUGGAAGGUAUGACUUCUUGUGAAGGAACUGAGUGUUUUCAGGAUGCAUCAAGGUGCUCUGGAGGGGCUUAGCAAGAACUCUUGUGCUACUGAGAGCAGCACACAGCGCCCAGGAUAGGGCACCAUGCUCAGUUCUAUGGGACGUGUGCCUCUCAUCCCCUCCUUCAAGGAGCCCAUUGAAAAAGCAUGGAGAGUGUUUUGCUAUUGCUGUCUGACUUGCACACAACCAGCACCGAAACCCUGAAAGGUUUACUGGGGGGGGCGGAAGAGGACACCAGAGCAAAAUGGGGGUUUCCACUCCAGCCGCGCAGCGUGGCUGGGAGCACUGAGCCACAGAGCACUGCACCCCACAGCCCUCCCACUGCAGCCGGGUCACGUCCCAAACCCCGCAGGACGCCCGUGAGCCCCAUCCAAGUGUUUGUUGUGGGGUUGCUACUGGAGGCUGUGGCCGAAGGGAGUUUCUCGGGCGCGUUGUUGAGUCACCCGAUCCAGGAGGGGCCGGGCCGGGAGGUGCGUCGCCCCUGGCCCUGCAGCCGACCCCGGCCGGGGGCUGCUAUUUAAAUCGCCAGCAGAAGUGUCAGCGUAUCUGUGACAUUUUUUGAAAGAUGGCUGAGGAGACCAGGAGCUGACAAAUGAUUCUUCCGCUUCUCCUGGCUAAUUUUGGAUUCGCUGCAUUUACCGACAGGUGCUGACACGUCCCCAGGUCCCAAAAUUCCCCUAUGCCUUUAUCUCGGGGUUUGCAGCUUCCAAACCUGGGGAGUGGAGCGCGGAGCAAUCAGGUGUGUGCUCUGUGGUACACAGAGAUGUGUCUGCCCUGGUCUGACAGCCCUUCCUGGCCAAGCUGGAAGGAUUCACCCACCUCCUCCCCGCCGCUCCCCGCCUUGCACUGCCCUCCCAGAGCCCAUCUCUGUGCUCCUGCAGAGCCGCAGCCCCACAGGCAGCAGCCCCAGUGCCAGAGCUCCCCCAGAGCAGUGCCUCCCUGCUGGCCCCCGAGCUCACAGCCUCAGCUCUGUCGGAGCUCAUUGCAGCUGUUACCAGAAGAGAGGGCAGGAAGAAAUUCUUGGGUGGCUUUUCUAAAGGUUAAUCUGCACAGUUAGGCUCCAUCAGGAGGCUCAUGCUUGACAACAUGCAGGUUGUCUUUAUCAGUCUGCACAGCUCUUUGGCUUCCUGCGAGGCUUACCUCAGCCCUCCAUCAGUAUUUUGGUGUCAGGAUGAGGGCAUGAACUCCUCUUUAUAUCAGCUCUAACUUAGUGUUCAGACCUAUAGAGGUGAGGAUGUGGACAAGCGUUCAGAAUUUGGGGAAAAAUACAUCUGACUGUUUCCUUACUUUGCUCCUUGACUGGACAUGGAUUGAAGGACUCUGUAUCACAAGUGCCUUAAAUAACCACACUAUCGGGUAGCAACAGCACAGAGAACAGAGCUCAGAGCUGCUGCAGGCUGAGCCAUCCUGGGAACUCUGCAAGCCUGGAGUCACAAGUGCUGACCUGAAUAAGAAUGAGACCAUUUGGGGUAGCUGAAACUUAGUGCAGAGCCUGACUAAAAGGCCUUCCAUUUCACUGAGAGUCAGUGUGAAAAACUUGCUGUUUGUUGGCUGAAGCUGUGGUGCAGAGAGCAGGAGGCAGCAUUACACAGCAUGCUUUUCAUUGCUGAUGUCAGUUUUGAUACAGUCCCAGUGGGACUAUAGAAAGCUCUGCCCUAUUAUGUUUUGGAACAAUAGGAUCACUGCAGAAGAAAGACACCAAGCGUGAACGUGCCAAGCUGAUUCCUUUCCAGUCGCAGCUUGAGCAAAAACACUCAGGAACCAACAUCCUCACAUCUUGAGCUGGUCAAAAUCAGCGCUCACAUCUGUGGUGUGGCCCUUAUUGGCCUUCCAGAACAUUUGUACCCUAAUUCUUGCAAGGAUGGCACUUUGUAUUUCUGCUAUCCUGGAGUGCCAUGAGGUGUGCUGGAGCUCAAGAACUGUGAGCACCCAACACCUGCAGCACUCAGAAGGGACAGCGUGGGUGAGGAUGCUGAUUCCAUGUCCAAUCUCCAGUGGUGGUUGAGGUUUGAAUGUGUAAGAAUGCAUAUCUCUAUCCAAACCUCACUAACAGUCACUUACAGCUUACAUCUCUAUGGACUUCUGUGUAAGAUGGUACAGCUGUCAAGGAAGUGCUGAUGUCUGCUGCCUGUGCUUUCAACAAAUGUUGGGGUUUCUAUGACCUUGUGGUAGGUUCGUGAUUAAAACUCAGCCUCCUUGUAGUGGAAAUGCUAUGUGAUGGAGCAGCUGGUGGGAAGGCAGGGCCAACCCAGGGGAGCUCAGGUGCAUGCAAUAUACCUGAGUGAACAGAAGGGGUGGAGCCAGGAGCCACCCCUUCCCAGCCCUCAUUUAAGGGUUGGCAGUGGAGAUGGAAACAUCUCUGCUGGAGAUUGCUGUGUACCUGAGGACCUUGCAGGCCUUUUGAAGGGGGAAGGAUCCCAGCAAGGAGUAUGCUCCCGAGGUCCCGGCCAGCAGCCAGCCCCCCAUCCGGCUGGUGGUGAUGCAGCAGGGCGCCCCGGGCACCCGCUGGGCAAAGGGGCUCGUCUCUGCCUACGAGACCUCCCCCGACCUGCAGGGGAAAAGGACUACUGUGGUGUGAGGGCCUCGUGCUCUGCCGACCCGCCUGCCUCGGCACCUCUGUUUACUCUCCGUUUGCAAAAGGAUAACAAGUUCAUGAGGUUUAAUGCUGGCAGCAAGAAGGCUGUGAUAUCAGAAGUGCACAGACUGGGAGCGGAGAGGAGUUUCACCCGUCAGACUCGUUUCUCAUGCCUCGUUAAGGCCCCGUGCUGCUCAGCUUGCCUCUCUGCUGUGUUACAUCGACUCAGAGCUUCUCAAGCCACAGUGUGCCUCUCUGCUGCUCCGACAGAGCCCAUCACCACCAGCAGCUCCGAAAAGUUCAUGAACCACCCAGCUCCAGCUAACAGCCGCUACAAACCCACUUGCUACGAACAUGCUGCUAACUGUUACACACACGCAUUCCUCAUUGUUCCUGCAAUUGUGGGCAGUGCCCUUCUCCACCGACUUUCUGAUGAUCGAUGGGAAAAAAUAACAGCAUGGAUCUAUGGCAUGGGGCUCUGCGCGCUCUUCAUUGUCUCCACAGUGUUUCAUAUCGUGUCCUGGAAAAAGAGUCACUUAAGGACAAUGGAGCAUUGCUUUCACAUGUGUGACAGAAUGAUGAUCUACGUCUUCAUUGCGGCGUCAUAUGCACCGUGGUUAAAUCUUCGUGAGCUUGGACCUCUAGCAUCUCACAUGCGUUGGUUUAUCUGGCUGAUGGCUGCUGGAGGCACUGUUUAUGUAUUUCUCUACCAUGAAAAGUACAAGAUUGUUGAACUCUUCUUCUAUUUGGCCAUGGGAUUUUCUCCUGCUCUGGUAGUGACAUCCAUGAGCAAUACUGAAGGACUUGAGGAGGUUGCCUGGGGAGGCUUGAUCUACUGUCUUGGCGUGGUGUUCUUCAAGAGCGAUGGAGUCAUUCCUUUUGCCCAUGCCAUCUGGCACGUGUUCGUGGCCACAGCGGCUGCGGUUCAUUACUAUGCUAUUUGGAAGUACCUUUACAGAAGUCCUGCAGACAUCAUUCGUCACUUAUGAUAUACGUGUAUAUAUUGGGGUGGGGGGAGAGCUGCACUUGGCCUCUGUAACAGUAUUAUUUGACUUAAGGAAUUCGGGGAAAUCGCACAGAAAAACUGCACUGACUUUGGUAGUUCUCUGAACACGAUUACUGUGAACUGAUGUGUGUGUGUGUCCUGGAAUUGCCCUUCAGACGGCAAGUGCUGUAAUAACAGAGGUGCUGUGCUGCAGUACUCAGAGUCCAUUCCAUGUUAGCAGAACUGGCUACCUGAUGUUUACAAAGAAAUUUUGUAUUCUAGUUUAACUUUGCGAUUUUUUAACGACGUGAACUUUUCUAAAUUAAUGAUUCCAAUGAAGUCAGUGCAAUAGUGAAAAUAGAACUCCUGAUUUGAAAGCGGUUCCUGUCACCUUUCCACUAGCAUUUACUGAACACAAAUCACAGGUGAACAAUGUACUUUUACCACUUCUCAUCUUGAUAUGAUGCGACUUUUAUAGAAACUUUCCGGGGUUUUGUAAACUUUCAAAGUACAUUUAUUGAACUGAAAGCAAACAGCUGUCAUCUAUGCAGUUACUCAUAUUGCAAAAUCUUGCAAGAAACGGUUACAUUCCACAUACUGUACUGACAGGCAAACAAUGUACCUCUUCCAAGGGUUGUAGCAUAGAUGUAAUUAUAACCACUUUUGCAAACUAACAUAUAAAUGCUCUUCUGCUGAGUUUUAAUGUGAUAAUGUUACGCUCAUCUAUAAUACCACUUAAACAGCACCUCAAUUUGGCAUUAUCUGUGAUGGAAAUGAAGCGUGUUGGAAGAAAUUGGCAUUAAGUGGUUCUUCAGGAUUGCCAGUCUGCCUUGGUGCUGUGCAAUAAAUAGGGCAGCAGUUGGAGGAAGGCGGCUUAUCGGACCGCAGCAGCGUUAAUGAGGGCAGCCAACUAAUAUGCCUCGAUGCAAAACAAAGUUGGUAAUUUCUCCAGAGUAUGUAUAUUGGUGCUGUAAUAUUAAGGCUUCAGUUUUUCAAAGGGAUUCUAAAUGGGCUGACAAAACCAGUUCCCAGCAGCUUUCCCUGGGGCUUUGGCUGGUAUGUGAGGAAAGCCAGGUCAGAGCAGCAGACAGCAGGGACCGAGCACAGGGAGUCCAUGGCUGUUGGUUCUCCCCAGCACAGCCUUCUAGGGAGGAAGGGUGAAAGAACUUGAUACAGCGUCACUUGUCAUUCUGGGACUUAAAACACAGAGUAAAACUGGUCUUUACUUGUAUUGCUGUCUUUCUGUACAGGAAAAUAAAAUGUGCUAGCAAGUCAUGAUUGUAGAAUGUGCAUUAGAUGACCAGAUGUAGAAGAGUCAUUGUAAUACCAUUUAUCUGAUAAUUGUUCUCUGUCCCACUAUAUAAUGAAUGUCUUAUAUUAAGAUUGACUUUAUCCUUUUUCUAAUUUACUCAGUUUUUCAUGUCAGUAUUUGAAAACAAAACCAAAACGUGUUGCCUUUUUCAGAUCUCGUUCUGAAUAUUGCCUAUCUAUCUUCCAACGAUGAGUAGCAAGGAAGGGGCAUUUUUCAAGGUACCACUUAAUACUGCACCUAGAUUUGCCAGGAGGGUUGCAGAUUUUAGGUUAGAUACUUUUGUAAACAGAAUUUACAAGAGGGACAAACUUCAGCUUCAAGGCACUGAGGAGGAAUUGCACAGUGUUAGCAGGUGAGUGGAGCAGCACUGCAGCAGGCUGACCAACUGCCCCGUGGCUAUGAGCAGAGCGACAGGGUUGGUAGUCCAUAUUACAGCAGUCUCACACAUUUGGAUGCCUCAGUUUUUUUUAACAUUGUGUCUAUUUUAGUAUUUUUCCACUCGGUGAUUUCAUAUCUUUCGUUUAAACGCAGUACUGUUAAAACCACUAAAACACACGUAAAGGGUUCCUGUAGUCAAAAGUGAAACUAUGGCUUGAAUAUGUUUGUUUUAAUUUAAAGUUAAUUUUUCAUGGCAUUGCUUUUUGGAGUGUUUGAAAUGGUUUUUAAGAAUUUCAAUUCGCCAAAAAUCUUUUGAAUUACUGUAUUCUAGUCAAUAUGAUAUUGAAUGUACUAAACUAACAAUAAACAUUUUGUGCAAUUUGGAA